CAGCAGGGCAACUGGGAGUGGACAACAGUUAUACAGGGCAUUAAUGGCACAGGAUGGGCUAUUCCGCCCUUUAUCAUCUUCAAAGGCCACAACUACCUCUCUGCCUAACUACUAACUAGCUUAUUAAAGCACUUUAAUGCCUAUACAAAGACACGCACCUAAGGAGUGUACUGGCUGCUCCUUAUUAACAGCUAUAAGAGCCACAACUCCCUAGACUUCCAACAAUACUGCAAGGAAGCAAACAUUAUCACACUGUGUAUGCCUCCACACUUAUCACACCUCUUGCAGCCACUAGAUGUGGGUUGUUUUGCCCCUUUAAAGAAGGCGUAUAGGCGCCAAGCUGAGGAUCUCAUGUGCAACACCGAACACCAACUUUUCUUAGUUGGAGAAAGGUCGAUUUUCAUCGAUUUUUCAUCCCAAUACAACGAACAUGCCUUCCUAAUAUCUAUUUCCAGCGUCAGUUUUGUAGUGCAGGCGCUGGAACAGGCGCGCUGGCCAUUGCAAGCUGAACAGAGUUGUGACCUGGUCUUAGUUGAGAUGAAAUCUCUGCAGUGGUCUGUGCGCUAAUAGAUUUAGACCGGUCGGAGGCAGCAGACAGACAGAGGAACAAAUCGCCAGAGCAGCGGCUCUCUCCUUAGCUAUAUAGCUACUUGCCUUGCCAGCAAUAGCUAUAUAGCUAGCCGCCUUAUUACGAAUACCCCCCUAUCAUAACUAGCUAUACCGACCCCAUAUA